GUAGGGAGGCUGCACUAAGCAGGUCUCGCGAGGUUGGGAGAAACGCUCCGGGAGCCCGAACGGCGGGCGGCGGGUCGAAGAGCACCUGCGGGAGGGGGCAAGAUGGCAGUCCAGGCAUUGGCGCUGCUCCGGGAGAUGUCGCGGCUAGAAGCGCCGCUGGAGGAGCUGCGCGCGCUUCAUUCGGUGCUGCAGGCAGUGCCGCUUAGCGAGCUGCGAGAGCAGGUGGCGGAGAUGCACCUCGGCCCGCUUUUCUCCUUGCUCAACCAGAACCAUCGGGAACAGACUGCUUUGUGUGUAUCCAUCCUGGAGAGAUUGCUGCAAGCUAUGGAGCCAGUUCACAUGGCCCGGAACCUCCAAGUUGACCUGCAGAGAGGACUGACUCACCCUGAUGACUCUGUAAAGAUCCUCACUUUGUCCCAGGUUGGAAGAAUUAUUGAAAAUUCUGAUGCCAUUACUGAGAUUCUAAAUAAUUCUGAAUUACUAAAACAAAUCAUUUAUUGUAUUGGUGGAGAAAAUCUAUCUAUAGCUAAAGCGGCUAUCAGAUCCCUAUCAAGAGUAUCAUUAACCCAAGCUGGACUGGAGGCUUUAUUUGAAAGCAAUCUGCUGGAUGAUUUGAAAAGCGUAAUGAAAACAAAUGACGUUGUAAGAUACAGAGUAUAUGAGCUAAUUGUGGAGAUUUCUUCUGUGUCACCAGAGUCUUUAAACUACUGUACCACCAGUGGAUUGGUAACCCAGCUCCUCAGAGAGCUGACUGGUGAGGAUGUGCUGGUCAGAGCCACCUGUGUAGAAAUGGUGACAUCCCUGGCAUAUACUCAUCAUGGACGACAGUACCUUGCUCAAGAAGGAGUAAUUGAUCAGAUUUCUAACAUAAUUGUUGGGGCAGAUUCAGACCCUUUCUCUAGCUUCUAUUUGCCAGGAUUUGUGAAAUUUUUUGGAAACCUGGCUUCCAUGGAUAGCCCUCAACAGAUCUGUGAACGUUAUCCUGUCUUUGUGGAGAAGGUCUUUGAAAUGACAGAAAGUCAGGACCCCACCAUGAUUGGUGUAGCAGUGGACACAAUUGGAAUUCUGGGAUCCAGUGUUGAAGGGAAACAGGUUUUGCAGAAAACAGGAACUCGCUUUGAGCGCUUACUCAUGAGAAUAGGACAUCAAGCAAAGAAUGCCUCAACAGAGCUAAAAAUUAGGUGUUUGGAUGCAAUUUCAUCUCUUCUGUAUUUACCACCUGAGCAACAGACUGAUGACCUCCUGAGGAUGGCAGAAUCCUGGUUUUCCUCUUUAUCUCGGAACCCAUUGGAGCUUUUCCGUGGCAUCAGUAAUCAACCUUUCCCUGAACUACACUGUGCAGCCUUAAAAGUGUUCACGGCCAUUGCAAACCAACCUUGGGCUCAGAAACUUAUGUUUCACAGUCCAGGUUUUGUAGAAUAUGUGGUGGACCGGUCCGUGGAGCAUGACAAAGCUUCAAAGGAUGCCAAGUAUGAACUGGUAAAAGCACUUGCCAAUUCCAAGACAAUUGCAGAAAUCUUUGGGAACCCGAAUUAUUUGAGGCUCAGGACUUAUCUGAGUGAAGGUCCGUACUAUGUAAAACCUAUUUCCACGACAGCAGUAGAAGGAGGUGAAUGAUUUCUUCUAUAGUUUAAAAGUAUAGAGGAGCAUUUUGGGACCAGAACUUCUCCAACGGCACUUUACUCCAUCUAUAUUUUACAAAACAGAGACUUCCCUCCCCCUAGAAUUAUCAUGGAGUAUCUAAUGUAGCUUCAUCACCAGUAUUUUUUGUGUUUUUACAUUGAAAUACAGCGUGGAACCAGGUGUUUGUAGUACAUUAAUAGUGGGCAAAUUUGGUCUUAGGUAAACUAGGUAUUUUUCAGAUUUUUUUGACUGCCCUAAUCUUUGCAACAACCUGAAGUUCUGGUUCUCCUCCCAGAAAACUUCAUGGACAUACCCACUGUCUUAUUAAAAUAAUCUGCUUUAAGUAAAAUGGAACCAAAUUGUUUCUGAAUUUGCUUCCCCUUUUUCUUUUUGUAGUCUUUUUUCCUCCUCUGAUUCUACUUUCAAAGUCUUGGAUAUAAAUAUUCUUUGAAAAAAAUAGUAUGGAAUCUUAAAAUUAUGUUCUCUAUACUAAGAAUAAAUAAUUUUAGUUAAGUCUCCUUUGGUUUUUUUGUCACUGUUAUUCCUUUGAAAAAUAGACGUAAAAUAAACCUAAAAAUAUUUUUUUAGUGUUCUUUUGAUGCUUUUUUUUUUAAAUCAGUGAAUUUUAAUUCUUUUGUGGUUUUGGGGGAGAGGGCAUGAUAAUUGCUAACCAAAAAGGCCCCCAAAAUGUCCUUUACUUACGGGUUAUCGUUGUUGAGGGUUUUGCCUCUAAUUUUUCUGAUCCGUAGAGUCAAUCUUGAGUGGGUCAUACAAAGAGAGACUGAAUACUAAUAAUCAGAGUUAGAAGGGAAGGGACAGUAUGUAUAAACCAGGAUGCCACUCAUUAAUUUACAAAAGAUGAUCUUCCUAUUUAUUGAUGAAAAAUGUUUCCAUCCAUUUUCCAGUGCCCUUCUUUAAAUGGCAAAGCAUUCUGCUCUGCUUGUAGGUUAUCAGUCCAGAGGCUUCUGCAUGAACCUAUUUGUGUGACAGGUUCAGAAUCUAGAGAGAUUUCUUUUAGGCCAUGGUGAAGUUGUUAAGCCAUUCCUGCUCUUAACAAAAUGGUUCUCAGGUAUCUGGAAUUCUCUUGUCCCCAGAUUCAUUGUCUCUCUUCUGCCGUCUCUUAGUAUCUUUGAGUCUCCUGUUUCCAUACUGACCAUUUCCCUACCAUUAAUACCAUUAAUUAGGCUACAGCUAGGUUUUUUUCCCGACCUGAGAAACAUUCUGUCUUUUUAAAGUGGUUUUUGCUUUAUCUCAUUUGCAGUGUUAAUUUUAUUCAUUUAACUUCAGAGUUCAUAGGGGUGACCCCUUUCCUAUGUAUGGCUGUAUGACCAAUACACUCUUAUUUUGUGUCUGUGGCUUCCUUUUUUUGCCUUAGUUACAUUUACUUAAUAAAUAAACAUUUAUUGACUGCCGAUUACAUGCUUGACAAUGAGAAAAGGAACUUUACUGUAUUAGACAUUGCCCCAAGUGCUAAGUUCAUGUCAUUUAAUCCUUACAUCUCCAUUUCACAGAUGAGGAAACUGAGGCUCAGAGAAGUUAAUUGGCUUAUCCCAAAGUCACACAGGUAGCAAGUAGCUAAUAGUAGGGAAAAUUGUUGUUGUUAGGUGCCAUCGAAUCAGUUUGGACUCAUAGCGAUCCUGUGCACAACAGAAUGAAACACUGUCCAGCCCU